AUGGCAAAUGAAGAUAAAUCUGAAUACAUUGCUAAACGUGUAUUAAAUUUUGGAAAAGAAAAGAAAUUCUUAAAGAGUUUUGUUACCAGCAACAAUCACGAUACAUCUGCCAGCUUUGUUGCAUCUCUUAGCAUUGGUACCAAUGGAAAACCAUUUACAGACGGAGAGUUUUUGAAAAACGCAUUCAUAAAUUGUUUCGAACACUUAUUUAAAGACCUGGCAAAUAAAAAGCAAAUAAUUGAGAGAAUCAAAGAAAUGCCAUUGUCAGCUAGAACAGUCCAGCGUCGCGUUGAAGAUAUGGCCAAAAAUAUCGAUGAACAGGUCAAAAACAAUUUGUUAUCCUGUGACAUAAUUAGCAUUGCAAUUGAUGAAAGUACCGAUAUAAAUAGUAUUAGUAGGCUUGCAAUAAUUAUUAGAUUUGCAUCAAUAAAUUGCUCGAAUGUCAAUGAAGAACUACGCGUUCUUGCUUCAACGAAUGACACGACCAAAGGCACUGAUAUUUAUCGUGAAGUAUAA